ACCUCUUUUUCGAAAAACAAAGCCGCGUCUGUCUCAAAGAAUACAAUAAUAUUAUAUUUGUGUCUAUAUUAUUGAACUGAUUAUCAAGCUUCUUUCCUAAUCAGAAUUAUACGUGUGCAUACAAGUGUUUAGUGUUUAUAGUGUAAAAUACUGAUAACCUCUUAUUCUCAUUUACAUUGCAUUGUAAAAAUAACAAAUAUAUUAUGGUUCGUGGUGUUGGAAGAGGAGGUCGUGGUAUGCCGGGGCGCGGUGGAAUGGGUAGGCCUCCGUUUAACAGACCGCGAGUGAUGUUGUUAAGACCUCCUUUCGACUUAAUUCUAGCAGAACCAGCGUUUCCCAGAUGCAAACCAGCGCCUGACGAUUCUGCGCUAACUCAGGCACUUCUCAAACGCCAUGCAGAGCUCUGCCCCACUCCGUCAGAGCAGGCAUCGGUCCUCUCCUUGGUGACAAAGCUGCAGACAGUGCUGGAUAACCUGGUUGUAGCUCCAGGAGACUUUGUUGCGUGUCAAUUAGAAGAAGUCCGUCAAGUAGGAUCAUAUAAGAAAGGCACAAUGAUGGCUGGCAAGAAUGUUGCUGAUAUAGUGGUUAUCAUGAAGACAUUGCCAACUAAAGAGGCUGUUGAGGGAUUGUCUAAUAAGGUGAAUGAGGAAGUGAACAAAUUGACCCGAGCGAUGGGCACCGGGUCAGUGACAUGCGCGUGCACCGAGAGAGGCUUCACUGUGACAGCUGCGGGGGCUGCGGUCCGUGUGCUUGUCACCACGCUGCAUCAGAACCUAAGGAAGUUGGAGCCCGAGGUGCAUCUGGAUUAUAAGGUGAUCAGCAGCCACCUGGCAGCUAUCCGACACAGCAGGUGGUUUGAAGAAAACGCCCAUCAUUCCUCCGUCAAGGUAUUAAUCCGUCUUCUCCGCGACAUGUGCGCGCGUCACGCGGGGCUGGAGCCCCUCACACCCUGGAUGAUAGACCUGCUGGCUCACCACUGCAUCAUGAACAACCCUGCGCGCCAGGCGCUGCCCAUCAACGUCGCCUUCAGACGUGCCCUCUCCCUGCUCGCGGGGGGGUUGUUCCUGCCGGGCUGCGCGGGGCUGCCGGACCCCUGCGAGGCGGCGCACGCGCGGGCUCACACCGCGCUCGACCUCGCCGCGCAAGACCACGCCGCAGCCACCGCGCAGACGUUGCUCCGCGUGGUGGGUCGCGGAGGUCACCGCUAUGUACUCGGUCUGCAGCCAUUCGAAGGUGGCAAGGACAUCUCCACAGAGAUCACUGUGUGGGACGGUGUGGUGGUGUCCCCACUCGCACCAGCGUACCAGGAGACACCUGAGCCAAUGGAGACUGAUGAUAAGGAGGAUGAUUUGACCCAGGACGGUGUGGCCGCUUGACAGGAGGAUAAUUACUGACAACAAUAAACUAUAUUUGACUAAUAAAUGAUCUUGACUUAAUUA